AUGGCACGAUGGAAAAAGAAAAGUAAAAAUCCGUGCAAUUUUGUAACAGAUUUAAUUUUUAAUAUCUUUUGCAACAUAAUACUCGCUUGCGCUUUGUUAUAGUUACUGCUCAAAUAGAGUAAAAAAUUAAACCGCGCUUUUAGCACAACAACGGUUUCGGAACCAAAACCUAGCGAACAAGCUAACAACAAUGGGAGAGUGGAACUACAGUCUGUUCAGCUGCUUCGGCAACAUCAAAGUCUGUCUUAUGGGCUAUUUUAUCCCCUGCUACCUGGAGGGAAAGAUAGCUGAGUCAUUGGGGGAGUCCUGCAUCAUGCACGGAUGUGUGUGGCUCAUACUCCCAAUCACUAACUGGUACUGCCCUGCUGUGAUUCGUGGAAAGGUGCGUGAAUCGAAAGGAAUCGAAGGUAGUCUAAUUAUGGACAUUCUCAUGAUCUGUUUCUGCGGAGCAUGUGCCAUCUGUCAGGAGUACAACGAAAUGGGUCUGGGCGAUGCACUCGCCAGAAGCUAGACCAACCCCCUUCCAAACACUCUUCCCCCUCCCCCAACCACGAGUAUUCUUCAGCUCCUUGCUUGAUCUAGGAACACUCUCUCACAAUCGAACGUGUCUGGGGGUUUAAUAUUAUGUUCAGACGAGGUGCUCAGAUCAUAAACUCAAUUUAAAUCCUUUCCUUGCUUAAAAAAUAUAAAUGAAGUCUUUGGUGUCGAUAUAUUUACUAAAAAUAAGAUGGCUCUUGAAUUUAUUAUAAUGACAAACUGUGGUUGAAAAUUCAAUCGUUUUUGUUUC